AUGACGAACGAUUUCAGGGCUACACCUUUCAGCCCCCCACCAGCCACCCAGGGACUCUCGAGCGCGACAUUUUCCGUUCCGCCGCUUGAUGGGACACUCACCAUUCUCCAGUGCUAUGACUGGCAUGCCAGCAAGUCUUCGAAGCACCCUCUCUUUGUAUAUGCCGAAGAGGAUCACACGACGAAGACUCUUUACUGGCCGGACGUCGUUCACGCAAGCCACCGCGCCGGUCGCAUCAUUCGCGACCACGUCGGUAGCAAGUCCAAGAAACCCGUAAUCGCCAUCUUGUCCGGCACAGACAUGAUCACCUACUUUGCCUGCUGCUUGGGAAUUAUGCGCGCCGGAUGUACCGUAUUCCCGAUUUCUCCGAGAAACUCUGCCCCUGCGCUCGCCCAUCUGCUCUCCUCUGCUCGGGUCGAUCACGUUCUGCUCGGCUCCGAGAGCGUGUUCUCUCAACUCGCCACCGCCGCGACUUCAUUGAUGCCACAGGAUUCGGUGCCCUCAACCUCGCUCAUACCCAAGUUCGAGGACCUGUACCUAUCAUCAGACCCUUGCGAACCUCUUCCUGAUCCCGACGUCGGCCCCGACGAUCCGGUAUAUAUACUACAUUCCUCAGGAUCAACGGCGUUCCCCAAGGUCAUCACCUGGACGCAUUUCUUCAUGAUCAAGGUUGCGGGCAUUCCGGCAUUGGGAGAGAUCGACUUUGCUGGGCUCACGCUCGGCUGUCACUCCGUGCCCAUGUUUCAUGGCUUGGGCUUAACGAUCUUGCUCUGGGCGCCGGCUUGCGGCUUCGUGAUUAGCGCCUUCCCGCCUCGAUCUCCGGCGAUCCUUCCCACUCCAGAUCGCGUCAUCCAAGGCGCCAUGCACACGAAGUCCGAAAUCGUGUUUUCGGUGCCGUCCUUUAUAGAGGCUUGGCUCGAGUAUCCCGCUUAUGUGGAGUACCUCGCGGGGAUAAAAGGUGUCCUUUACGGAGGAGGUCCCCUCAGCAAGGCAGUGGGAGACGCUUUGACCGAGAAAGGCGUGUCCAUAUACACGCUCUACGGAAGCACGGAGACGACAGUGGUGAACGUCAUCCUUCCCAGAGAUCGACCCGGUUUGGACUGGCAGUACUUCCGGUUCAGCAAGCACGUCAAGCCGCACCUCGUCGAGAAUGGCUUUGGACAGGUGGAGAUGGUGCUAGUCGGAAACCCGUUGUCCGUUCCCAUGAUAACGAACACAACGGUACAGGGCGUAGAUGCGUACGCUACUGGGGACCUGCUCGAAAGGCACCCCACGAAACCCGACCUGUGGAAGGUAUUCGGCCGGGCCGACGAUCAGAUCAUGCAGAGCACCGGGGAGAAGACUAAUCCAGGGCCGCUUGAGGCAAUUCUGAAUCAAGACCCCCACGUCGCCGCGGCGGUCAUGUUCGGUCGGGAACGUUUCCAUGCUGGCGUCAUAGUCGAGCCGAUACAGCAGGAGAGAUUCGAUCCUGAUGAGGCUAAGCUUGCCGAGUUCCGAAACAAGAUUUGGCCGAGCGUGGAGCGCAUGAAUCAGUUCGCCCCUCAGCACUCGCGCAUCUUCAAAGAGGCAAGGAUCAUGAUCCUGGUGGCCUCGCCGAAGAAGCCCUUCGUUUACUCUGCCAAGAUGACGGUCCGGCGGCAGGGGGUCCUCGCCGAGUACGAGGUCGAGAUCGACUCGGCCUAUGCCGCCCUCGAAGAAUCUACGCAACUCGAAAUCCAGGCGCCCGCCAGCUGGUCGGAUGAAACGGCGGCUAUUUUCUUACGAUCUCUGGUCAAGAACACGCUCAAGCAGGGAAUAUCUGACGAAGAUAACCUCUUCGAACACGGCUGCGACAGCCUUCAAGCGACGUGGAUCCGGAACACCUUGCUCCGCGCCUUGCGACAAACCACGGGUCUCGACACCCGAUCUGUAUCGUCCAGCCUGGUGUAUCAGCACCCUUCGAUCCGUGCUCUCACUUCGUUCGUGGUGACCUUCGCUCGCGGGGCGCCGUCAGCGGCAUCCGAUACUCGCACCGUCGUCGAUGCGAUGACUCGCUUGGUGGACGUGCACUCUUGUAAUCUUCCUGCCAGUAACCCGGCACAUCCACGCGCGAGUGAAAUCCAUGUCGUCAUGUUGACUGGUACAACGGGGAACCUGGGAGGCGAGAUAUUGUUGGCCCUUUUGGAAGAUCCAUCCGUGGAACGGAUUUAUGCGUUCAAUCGUAGCGGACCCGGUCACAAGUCCCUCCUCGAGAGGCAGGAGGCGGUACUUCAGACGCAUGAUCUAGAUCCAGGGGCUGCGCGAUCGUCGAAAGUGACGCUGUUGACCGUGGACUGGGGUCGUGCGGACUUCGGGCUGAGUUCGGAGACCCUAACGGAGAUCCGCAACUCCGUGACCCACGUCAUUCAUAACGCAUGGAACGUGCACUUCGGGGCGGGCUUGCCGUCCUUCGAGGCGAAUGUCCGCGGCUUGCGCAACCUCAUAGAUUUGUCGCUCUCCUCCGGUGCACAGUUGUGCUUUGUCAGCUCCAUCGGGGUGGUCAGUGGUGCGUGGGAAGGAGUUACAGAGCCGAUCCAAGAGACGCAUGUCGACGCGUCAGUGGCCUUGAGUAACGGUUAUACGCAAUCCAAAUGGGUUGGAGAGCGCCUUCUCCAGAUUGCCUCAGAGAAAAGUGGCCUGAGUGCAGUGACGAUUCGCGUUGGACAGCUGUCGGGGGCAAAAAACGGCGCAUGGAAGACCACCGAGUGGCUUCCUGCGCUUGUGAAGUCGUGUCAACAGCUGGGCUGCAUGCCAUCUAUGCAACAAAACCUCGCUUGGUUGCCUCUCGAUAUCGCAGCCCGUUGCAUAGCGUCUAUGCGCAAGGCUUCUCCCGGUGUUGUUCAUCUCGUACAUCCCCGUCCGGUCCCCGCUUCGUCCGUCUUUCGGGCCAUCGCGAACUUUCUUAAUCUCGACACCGUGCCAUACGAUGCGUGGCUCAGCAAACUAGAAGGCGCUACGGAUCCUUCGACCACUCCUGCUCUCAUGCUGUUGGAUUUUUUCAAAAAGGAGUGGAAGGAACCGAGGCUCUCGAUGGAGCGUGCUUACGAACAAUGCGACUUCCUGUCGGAUACAACGCGGAUCCGUGAUCUGGGGCCGGAGGAAGCGGUGAAGUGGAUCGCCUUUUGGAAGCGCGUUGGUUUUCUUUCCGCUUAG